AUGCUUAAUGAUGCAAUUCGCGAAAGGUCUCUAUCGCAGCUCGUCGCUUCCUUGGAAAUGAUCAAAGCCGACCCUCGACGCUCUUCUCCUCAAGAAUUCCUUCCAUCAAUACUGGGACGGUGUGUUCGCCACGGAAGCAUAGACCUGGUGAAGUAUCUUCUAGAGCGUGACAGGGCACCUGUUGAGUCUCUAUCGCCUCUAGCCGUCGCCGCAAACUCCUCCAUCCCGCUUCUAGAACUGCUCGUGGCCCAUGGCUGGGAUCUCAACAAGCCUGAAGUUGAUAAAUCCCUUAAGCGGGGCGAUAAGCUAAUCGACCUGGUCUGUGACGAUCAUCAGCUGGUCUGCUGGUUGGUUGAGCAUGGUGCACGGGUCACGGAUCGCGAGAUGGAACUCUAUGAGAUCUUCCCGCCGCCGGCUCCGUUACUAGAGACGUGCGCUGUCAGAGGCUCUGUUGAGACAUUCCGGUUCUUACAGAGUAAAGGGUCAUUGCUGGGCCACCGGACGCUUCACCGAGCAGCCGGGGAGGCAGCAUCAUUUGGUGCAGACCCUUUCACUUUUCAAGAAGUUCAUGAUGAGGCAGCUGGGGAUGAAGCCAGGACAAGAAAGGAGCGAGCGGAAAUGUUAGUGUUUCUAGUGGACGAGAUGAAGCUGGACAUUAACGCCAUGGAUUCUUCCGUGCCAUAUCGGGCUUACCAUUGGGGGACCCCUCUAUGCUAUGCUACCGUGAAAGAGAAGGGAGUUCAUGUGGUGAGGUGGUUACUUGAGAAGGGAGCUCAGCCCAAAGUUGAGACAGCACAGAAUGUUGCUGACGCAGAGAUGUUGGCGAAGCUGACAGGAUGCACAGACGAUGAAAAGAUAUUGCGUGGGUGGAAGCAGAGCCACUAA